CACGCGUGUACUCCAGCCGUUCGCGCGUUCUCCGCGUAAAAGCAGCACGUUGCCCCGGUCGCCUAGUGCUACAGGUUGCCGAGGGCGCGCAGGCGUCGCCUGUGGCUUUUUAUGUUCUACAGAAGUGUCAUUUUUCCCGGGCUCGUCGCGCGGACUGUCCGCCUCACCGGCAAUUGCGCUCCGCUCUUGCUCCCCAGACAGUGAAGCCUUCACCACCCCCUGUGCUCUCCGGUGACCAUGAUUCCCUGGCUGGCGUUGGUUGUGAUGCUCCUUCCUGUGAUCCAGGCGGUUUGUCCGGAUGAAGAGCCUGACCUGCAGCCGUGGACUCCUGGCCAUAACAAAACCCACCGCAUCACCAUAGGAUACAGCCAAAAGCUUGCCCUCACAUCAUCAGCCACUGUCCAUUCCAUUGAGAUCCUCAAUGGAGGAAAGCUUGUGAUCGCUGAUACCACCCAACCUAUUGUUCUGCGGACAAAGUACAUCCUCAUCGGGGACCAGGGCGAGCUCCAUGUGGGCAGCCAGGACUGUCCUUACAGAGGACACUUCACCAUAGUUCUUUAUGGCAGGUCUGAUGACCAAGAUGUGGAGCAUACCUAUUUUGGGCGGAAGUACAUUGGGGUUGGCACGGGUGGGACCCUGGAGAUGCAUGGGGAGAAGAAGCGGUCAUGGACCUUCCUAAACAAAACCCUCCAUCCCGGAGAGGCCAACUUGGAAAGCUACCACUUUGAGAGGGGAUGGGGCAACCGAGGGAUCAUUGCCCAUGUGGUGGACCCCGAAACAGGAAGGGUGCUGCACUCUGACAGGUUCGACACCUACCGGAGCAAGAACGAGAGCAAACGCCUGGCACAGUAUGUGGACUCUGUGGAGGAGGGCCUGAUUCUGGCCAUGGUGGUGAAUGAUGAGGGUUCCAACAACCUGGAGGACUCUGCAAAGAAAGCCCUGGUGAAGCUGGGCAGCCAACAACUCCACCGUCUGGGCUUCCGUCAUCCCUGGAGUUUCAUUGCAGUGAAAGGAGAUCCAUCCUCCUCAUUGGAAAAUCAUGCCAUCUACCAAGGAACCAAGGCUUCAUCUGAGGCUAAGACCUCACGACUUUUCCACUUAGGAUAUGGAGAGCACUUCACUAUUACUGCCAGGAGCCAGUGGGUACAAGAGGCAGAGUGGACUGAGUGGUUUGACCGGGACGAUGAGCGUGGCUCGGGAGACUGGGAGAAGUUGGCUGACCUGCAAAAGGUCUUCCCAGAGAGGAUCUGCAGCAACCCUUUGGAUAUGGAGGCAGAGACUGCUGACGGAAUCCCUUCCAGUCAAACGCAGGAGGUCUUCCACAGGAAUGAAAAGGAUUAUGGAUUGGUGUGUCUUAAUAAAGAGCAGCCCGACGGGAUCUGCCACAAUUACAGAGUUCGUUUUCUCUGCGGGAAGCUCGUAAGGCCACAUGCAUCCAUCACCAUUGAUACCCACUCCAACACCAGCAUCCUGGAGCUGGCCGAUGACAGCAGUAGCUGGAAGCCGAGGGACAUGGUGGUGGUGGCCAGCACUGACUACUCCAUGCACCAAGCUGAGGAGUUCCUCAUACUGCCCUGCCCAACCUGCUCCUCCAACCAGGUUAAAGUGCAAGGAAAGGCAGCCUACCUUCACAUGGGGGAGGAGGUGGAUGGAGUGGACAUGAGAGCAGAGGUGGGAUUGUUAACGCGCAACAUCCUCAUCCAAGGAGAAAUGGAGCCCAGGUGCUAUGGGAGUGAGGCCUGCGAGUUCUUCCAUUUUGACACCUUUGGUGGACACAUCAAGGUGGAGCAUGGGUUCAAGGCCUUUCAUAUGCAGGGUGUAGAACUGAUGCACAUGGGCCAGCAGUCCAUGGGCCACUACCCUGUACAUUUCCACAUGAACGGAGAUGUGGAUGAGCGAGGAGGCUAUGACCCGCCCACCUACGUGAAGGACCUGUCCAUCCACCACACCUUCUCACGUUGUGUGACCAUCCACGGCUCCAAUGGCCUGCUGGUGAAGGACGUGGUGGGCUAUGAUGCACUUGGCCACUGCUUCUUCACAGAAGAUGGACCAGAGGAGCGCAACACCUUCGAGCACUGUCUCGGCCUGUUGGUGAAGGCAAGCACCCUGCUGCCCUCGGAUCGAGACAGCCACAUGUGUCGCCAUAUUACCGAUGGUGCCUACCCAGGCUAUGUGGCCAACCCACGCCAGGAUUGCAGUGCCACCUCAACAUUCUGGAUGGCUAAUCCCAACAACAACCUUAUCAACUGUGCAGCCGCAGGCUCUGAGGAGACUGGCUUCUGGUUCAUUUUCCACCACGUCCCUACUGGGCCCUCGGAAGGCAUGUACCCCCCCGGCCGCACGGAACACACGCCAAUGGGCCAGUUUGUCAACAACCGGGCCCACUCUAACUACAGGGCAGGAAUGAUCUUGGAUAAUGGAGUGAAGACCACCGAAGCCAGUGCCAAAGACAAAAGGCCAUUUCUGUCCCUCAUCGGAGCCAGGUACGGCCCUCACUUGGAUGCUGACCCGUUCAAGCCCAGGGUCCCAGCCCGGAUCCAUCACUUUGUUGCUUAUAAAAACCAGGACCAUGGUGCCUGGCUGCGGGGUGGAGAUGUGUGGUUGGAUGACUGCCAAUUUGCUGACAAUGGAAUUGGCCUUACUCUUGCAAGUGGAGGGACUUUCCCUGAUGAUGAUGGUUCCAAACAGGAGGUGAAGAAUUCCCUGUUUGUGGGGGAGAGUGAGAACAGGGGAACACCUGUCCCAGAGACCCGGUUAAGGGGGCCCGGUGGGCCAGACCUAAAUGAGAGGACGAUGCCUAGAGGAGUGGACUUCCCCAUUCGAGGCAUGCAGAUCUAUGAUGGACCAAUAAACGUGCAGAACUGCACCUUUCGUAAAUAUGUGGCGCUGGAGGGUCGUCACACCAGUGCGUUUGGGUUCCGGCUCAACAACACCUGGCAGAGCUGUCCCAACAACAACGUUACGGAUAUCACCUUCGACGAUGUACCAAUUGCCUCUCGAGUAUUCUUUGGAGAACCUGGACCAUGGUUCAACAAGAUGCAGAUGGAUGGCGAUAAGACAACCAUCUUUCAUGACAUUGAUGGCUCCGUCAGUGAAUAUCCAGGCGCCUUCUUGGUGAAAGAGGACAACUGGCUGCUGCGACACCCAGAUUGCAUUGGGGUGCCUGAUUGGCGAGCGGCCAUCUGCAGUGGACACUAUGCCCAGAUCUACAUUCAGACACGUGACCCAGCCAACCUGAACAUGAUAAUGGUGAAAGACGAAUACCCAGAUCGUCCUCUGGUGCUGGAAGGGGCACUGGGAAAGAAGAACCAUUACCAGCAGUUCCAGCCUGUGGUGACCCUGGCGAAGAGCUACACGGUGCACUGGGAUCAGACUGCCCCAGCUGAGGUCACUGUAUGGCUCAUCAACUUUAACAGGAACGACUGGAUCACCGUGGGUUUCUGCUAUCCCAAAGAAACCAACUUCACUAUCAUCUCAGAUAUUCACAACCGCCUUACAAAACAGACUCACAAGACUGGAAUCUUCCUGAGAACUUUCCAGAGGGAGAAGAUGGAGCACUCUCAUCUGUCUCGGGGCUACUACUUCUGGGAGGAGGACACUGGACUCCUCUUUCUGAAACUCAAAGCUUACAAGGACAGGGAAGACUUUGCCUUCUGCUCAGUGAAGGGAUGUGAAAGGAUUAAGAUCAAGGCUCUGAUCCCAAAGGGCAGUGAGAAGAGUGACUGCCGGGUGGCGGCUUAUCCCAGACAUUCCCAGAUGCCUGUUGUGGACAUACCCAUGCCCCAGAAAUUGCCUGCGAGCAAACUGCGUUCUGCAGAUCAUUUCUUGGAGGUCAAGCUCAAGUCCUAUAAUACACGCUUCUUCCACAUUAAGGAGGACUUUGCUUACAUGGAGGUCACUGGCAGGAAGAUCUACCAGACUGAUAAUGGGGUGCAACUGGUUGUCCUGGAUGGCCAGUCUGGCAAAGUGUUGGGCAGUAAGAGCUUUAGAAACUCCAUCCUCCAGGGCAUCCCAGCCCAGAUUGAAAGCUAUGUUGCAAGUCUGAAAAAUGGAUCAAUAGUAAUGAUGACCUCCAAAGGACACCUUUUUAGUAGAGGACGUUGGACGAAGGUGAUUGCAGAACUUGGUGCAGAAAAGGACUUCAGACUGAAAGGCAAACUGACAUUUGUGGGAUUCAAAGGUGAAUUCCGCCCACACUGGGUGAGGCUAGUGACAGAUGACGAGACGGCCGAGGUGCAUCAAGUUCUGUCCAUUCCAGUGGCAAUGAUGAGGAACUUGUGAAAGGCCAUGUUUUUGCCACUGCAGCUGUGCAAGUGGUGAGCGAGAGACCCAAGAACUCGGAGAGGUCUGGGACCAGCGAAUCCAACGCACGUAUUAUCACAUGUAGGCUAGCUUCCCUGGCAGCCACCAUGAGUGUGACCACUGUGGGUGAGAGUAAUUCCAUCGUGUUACCUGUUGCACAUACUUAAACCCCCUCAGAUCCGAUCAAGAAAAAUCCUGGUUUUUGUCUUAUCCAGUGAUACUGUCUACAGUCUCAGUCCCAUAGAGAUUCACCUUCUGUUGUAUAAGGGUUUCUGUUCUAAUAUGUGACAUUUCAAAAUUGUAUAUCAGAAAUUGUGGUCUGUAUGUAAAUGUUGUAAACCAAUAGAAACAAUCAAAAAUACUGAAUGUAUCUGUUCGGCUCUUCGAAGAUUAUGUUUUUAAGUCAGAAUCCAAGUUAUGUGCGGGGCUGAUGUUCCUAAACUGAUGAGAAACAGGACCCCGGCCACCUCCUGCCGAAAUAGCUGGUCUCUUUUCGGAAAAUUACUCCACUGUUUUGUUUUGUACACUAAAUGUGUUUAUGUAACUCUUCAGAAUGAUCAGAGGUAUAUUUUAUACUUAUUUAUUGCACAAAAACAAGUAUAGAGGGGGCAUCCUUAAAGUUGUAAUGUAUUUGUACUGUAAAAUAUUUCUUUCUGAUUUCUGUCCUUGUAUUAAAUAUAUAUAUAUAU